AUGUGCCUCGAGACGUCAUUACUAAAGUAUCUGCAGAAGGUUUACCAUGCAUUACGCAGUCACACUGAGUUUUACCGCUCCAAAGAACUCCAGUCUCCAUCAAGUGCUUUCCUCUCUGUGUCCUCACUACCUCCUCGGGCUAUUGCCAAUUUUCUUGUCCAUUGCUUCUUCAAGCAUGCUGAGACAAUUUACUUUACUGUUGAAAGGACCUGGCUAGAGUCAAAGCUUGACAUGGUAUAUACUGAUCCCAACUCUCUCACUCACAGCGAUGUAAGCACCAUGUGCGUGAUCUUUAGUGCCCUUGCAGUCGGGACACAGUAUACAUAUCUCGAGUCGACGACAGAACGCAUCGGUACCAGGAGAUCAACUCAGAAUAGCCCAUUUACCGGCGAUACUGUAGGUGUGAUGCUUUAUCACCAGGCCUGCCUUCUAUUACCUGAUGUCAUCACCCUCUCGUCACUAGAAAGCGUUCAGGCUUGCCUGCUUCUGGGUAUUUACACACUACCGCUUGACGCAUCUGGAUUGGCAUGGAUCUACCUGGGUAUUGGCGUCAAGCUUGCGAUCCAGAAUGGUAUGCACAGAAAGGGUUGCGAGGACAGCUUUGACCUGUCCAUCCGCGAAACCAGGAAUUUAGUGUGGUGGACUUUGUACACUCUGGAGAGGUCUGUUUCACCUUUGCUCUCCUAUUCUUUGUUGUCGUGGCUGGUGCCGACACUAGGUAUUAGGCGCAUCGCCAUAUUUCAUGGUCGUCCAUUUUCCAUUGCCAGAUCAGAUGUAGACAUUGAACUCCCUGUCGCUAAAAGUGAUGUACGGCCAUCACCCCAUACGGCCUCCCUUCUCCAUACAUCUCCAACAAGCGAAGUAGCUGAACGACUUACUAGACUAUUCAAUCUCCAGCAAGACCUUACCAACUGGUGGGAAAUGCUUCCCAACAACGAGAUUCCCAGUGAUCACUCAUCUCACCCCGAGAACCUCCGCCGCGCCAUGCAGCUAAAACUGGAAUAUUGUCUCGGAAUCAUAUUCGCAGGCCGAUACUUUAUCCUUUCCGAGCCCUGCUCGGAAGGAAACAAGCCAACGUCCGCCACAAAUAUCCAGAACGCGAGUCCCUCCGGGAGCAACUCACAAACACGCCAUAUGUCUUCUAUCCUCGUCUCAGAGUGUGUUUCCGCUGCGCAUACAGUCAUAGAAACAUGUCGCUACCUGUACAACACUAUUGGCCUCGCCCGUGCAUCAUAUACGGAGUUUAGUGCAUGCCGUGCCGCGUUGUUAGUCAUUACUACACAAUGUCUCCAAGCAACUGACUACAGGCAACGUCACACCCUCCGCGAGGGGCUAGCGAUGUUGAAAGAAAUGGCAGGUGAAGCGGAGCUAGCCCGCACUGAAGUAUCUUUGAUCGUGGGGUUCCAACAUAUAAUCGCCAGUAUGGAUAGAGUCGGUGAUGAUGUGGUCGGUCACAGAGCUUCUGACUUUUCGAGAUUUAAAAAAUGGGAAAGUUCGUGGAGGCAAGGCUCAUUCUUCGCGGAAUUUCCCAGGCCAGAUGAUUCGAUGCUCAUGGCUUCCCUUGAUUUAUCAAGUGGGUCCCAUGCUGCAUCGUCUAGCGAAUUGCCGUUAUGGACGUCGCUGCUUGGGUCCGAUCGAAAUGUGCCAUCUUGCACACAGGAUCAGGAUAACUGGGCUGUAUUAUGA